CGCCCCCUCCCCCCUGCCCGCGCUCCCGGCAGCCCCCGCGCGGCGCGGCCGGUCUGUGUCGGUAAGAUGGCGGCCGUGAGUCUGAGGCUCGGAGAUCUGGUGUGGGGGAAACUGGGCCGUUACCCUCCAUGGCCAGGGAAGAUUGUUAACCCGCCUAAAGAUCUGAAGAAACCUCGAGGAAAAAAGUGCUUCUUUGUGAAGUUUUUUGGAACAGAAGAUCAUGCUUGGAUCAAAGUGGAGCAGCUGAAGCCUUAUCACCCUCACAAAGAGGAAAUGAUAAAGAUUAACAAGGGUAAGCGCUUCCAGCAAGCUGUGGAUGCUGUAGAGGAGUUUCUUAGAAAAACCAAAGGCAAGGACCAGGCAUCUUCCCAUAACUCCACUGAAGAGAAGAAUCGGCAUAAUUCAAGUGAAGAAAGAGGCAAGCAAUCUGCUGGUGAAGAGAAACGCAAAGCCAGUUUGUCUGAAGGAAGGGUGAAGAAGGGCACAGGGGAAGGAAAAAAGAGGGUUUCUUCUGUCUCGUCAGAGAGAGGAUCAAAGUCACCCUUGAAAAGAGCCCAGGAUCAGAGCCCCCGAAAGCGGGGGCGUCCACCCAAGGAUGAGAAGGACCUCACAAUUCCAGAGUCAAGUACAGUGAAGAGAGUGAUGACUGGAGCAGUGGCUGGAUUUAAAUGGCCACCGAGUGUGAGUGAGCCUGUGAAAGACAGUGAUCCACACUUUCAUCACUUCCUGCUGAGCCAGACAGAGAAGCCAGCUGUCUGCUAUCAAGCCAUCACAAAGAAGCUGAAGGUUUGUGAAGAGGAGACAGGAUCCACCUCCAUCCAGGCAGCAGACAGCACAGCAGUCAAUGGCAGCAUCACACCUACAGACAAAAAGAUAGGAUUUCUGGGCCUUGGUCUGAUGGGAAGUGGCAUUGUCUCCAACUUACUAAAGAUGGGUCACACUGUCACUGUCUGGAACCGGACUGCCGAGAAGUGUGAUUUGUUCAUCCAGGAGGGUGCACGGCUGGGAAGAACCCCUGCUGAAGUAGUCUCCACCUGUGACAUCACGUUUGCCUGUGUAUCAGAUCCAAAAGCAGCAAAGGAUCUGGUGCUUGGUCCAAGUGGAGUGUUGCAGGGGAUUCGCCCAGGGAAGUGUUAUGUGGAUAUGUCCACUGUGGAUGCAGAUACAGUCACAGAGCUGGCCCAGGUGAUAGUGUCCCGAGGUGGUCGCUUUCUGGAAGCACCAGUCUCAGGAAACCAGCAGCUCUCUAAUGAUGGAAUGCUUGUGAUCCUGGCAGCUGGCGACAGGGGUUUAUAUGAGGACUGCAGCAGCUGUUUCCAAGCCAUGGGGAAGACCUCUUUUUUCCUAGGUGAAGUAGGCAAUGCUGCCAAGAUGAUGCUGAUUGUGAACAUGGUCCAAGGCAGCUUCAUGGCAACAAUAGCAGAAGGACUGACUUUGGCUCAAGUGACUGGCCAGUCCCAGCAGACCCUUCUGGAUAUCCUCAAUCAGGGACAACUUGCCAGCAUCUUCCUGGACCAGAAGUGCCAAAAUAUCUUGCAAGGAAACUUUAAACCUGAUUUCUACCUGAAAUAUAUCCAGAAGGAUCUUAGAUUAGCUAUUGCACUGGGCGAUUCUGUCAACCACCCAACUCCCAUGGCCGCUGCUGCCAACGAGGUCUAUAAACGAGCAAAAGCAUUGGACCAAUCUGACAACGACAUGUCCGCAGUGUACAGGGCCUACAUCCAUUAGGCUGCACCCUUCUUACUGUUCAUACAAUAAUGAUUGAUUAAUAUUAUUAUGAUACUGGGUUUUAACUCUGGACCAGUCCAUCUCUGUCUUUCCAUUUCCUUUUAUACACAACUUUGAGACCUGCUGUGAUGAGCCUUCCACUGUGGCAGGAGGGGGGAGGAGGGGGCUCGGAUUGUUGCAGUCUAAUUAGAAAAAUCCAUGCCAUGCACUGACAGUCAUGAGACGAAACAGCGGCAAUUGUUCAGAAGCUCUGAGGCAACUCUGCCAGAAAUCUGCUGCUUGGCUGCUUUAGUUUUCCUCUUUGUUUGCUAGUCCAAGAUGCUGUUUCUAACAAUCCCUUUUCUUCUUUGCUGUGAAGUAAUGCAAGUGUUGGACUCUCUGCAUCAAGGGGACAGGGUGACAUACAUCCCAUCUACCUGUGAAUAUCACUCGAGUCCUUGGUCCCAAGUAAGGUGAGGAGCAUUCCUGCUGAGUAGCCACUGUCAUAGAGAACAAAGCACCUCCCAUGGAGGAGAAGGGCAGUUCCAGAGGGUAAGGGGAGUUGAGUGCAACACUGUCUUGAUUCAGUUUCUUUUUAGACUUCCAGUUCCCCACCUUGAUGGAGGAAUUCCUGUACUGUUAAAGACAACACAUUGCAUCCAUGUCUUCCCCUGUACAGACAACUACCGCUUAGGGAACACAAACUGUACUGAAAAUAGGAGAAUGCCUAUGUCAAUGAGGCUCCUGAAAGGCUUAUCAUAGCCCAUCCAUAACAUCAUUGGAAAGUAACACGUUUGCAUAGAAAACUGCAAGAGAAACAUAGUGCCUAUAAAACUGGGCUAGAGAUUUUACUUGUUCCUGGCCUUAGCUUAUGUUAUGUUACUACUUGUUUGUUUUUUUUAACCCUUGUAGUCAAUAAUUACAAAGGUGUCUUGGAUUGCAGCAGUGCACAAGCAGAGUGGUGAGUCUGAAAGGGGAGAGAAGAAUGAUUCAAGAGAUUGAGAUUACUGAGCUCCUUUCCACGCUCUCUGGCCUUUGCGUGGUUGUCACAUCUCUCAGCCUGUUUGCCCAUCUAUAAAGGUGGGUGAUGGUUACCUACCUCACAGGGAUACUUUUGUGUACUGACUGGUGACCUUUAUACAUGUCAGAUUUUCCAUACAUGUUCUUAGUGUUACUAUUUUGGGUACAAGACAGCAUGCUAUAAGCCUUCUCCCUGUAUCUGUAAACUCUACUUAUAGCCAGAUACCAACUUCUAGAAAGACCAGUAACUGAGACUGGGGAGGCUAAGACCACUGCUGAACUUUAGUCUAGAGAUGGGCAACAUGAACUGCGGAUGCCAAGGCGAGAGAUCAGAGAUGCUCUCAGUGUAGAUAGUAGAGCAACCCAGAGUCCAAAGGAUGCCUGUCACAAAAAAUGCACGGAGUGUGGCUUGGUUUUUGGUUUGGAAAAAAAAAACAAUUCUCAGUAUUAGCCUUUUGGGAUUGUUCUUGCAUUUUAAAUUCAAGUGUUAGAAAAAUGCCAGUGAGAAACUUUGGCCAAAAUAACUUCUCAAGUGGUACAAUCUCCUUCCUCCCUUGGGCUGGGAUUCUGAAAGGAAAAGAAGACAGAUUCAAGUUAGGUUGUGUUCCUGACAUCUGCUCCUGCCACCUUAUUUUUUUUUUCUAGGAACUUAAUGGCUGUGUAAGUAAAUUUCCCCAGGGUUAGGAUUUCUUACCAGUCUUGCUUUGUGCAGCAUGUGUGUAUGGUUCAGGGACACCUUGUUAAGAAAGAAAGUGUCACAUACGCAUUUUGAAUCACAACAUCUAAUGCCUUAUGCUGUAAAUGUUACUUUGAGUAUUUCACGUCCUAUGAUGACUGUUCCUUGUGGGCUAAUGCUGUAUUCUGCAUUACUUAUAUCCUGUAGUGAACAUCUGGCAACAGAGCUGUCAGACCUCACUGCCUGUUGGCCACUGUGUGUGGGUGAUGGUAGUUCUACACCUGUGUUCUUUUGGCAAUGCCACUGCCAUUCUGUAUGUAGGUAUUCACAUUAAAGGCACGUAAAAUUGCCAGGAUAGUUAGCCAUUGACUUGCUUUGGCACACUGUUCUUCUCCACCCAGAACUCCACAGUUAGCAUCUGAAGUCUUUUGUUAAACAUGCUACAGUAAAAAAAAAAAUCUCUCAUACGAAUUGUGCAUUGUGGGCAUCUGAGGGAAGUUGUAGAUUUGGAGGCAGGAAAUGAGACUGAAGGAAAAAAAUCUUUUGGGAGGAAGAAGGAGGUACUGUCCCAUGUGCAGUUGAGAGUGAACUGUACUGAGCCAGUUCAGUGGCAUCCUCCACCUGUCCCUGCCCUCUUGGGCCAGAGUGACGGUAAAUGGGUGUGAGCAAAGGUAAUGGAGGAUCUUUGUUAGUUUGUGGUGCCUCUGGAUACAGAGAGAAUGCCAAAGGAAUUCUCAAGUCCUGUGACAGGUAUUUCAUAAUGAAUUCAAAGGACCAGUCCCAAGGCAGCUCACGGCUGCAGGGUUUGUUUCUAGAAAUACUGUAGUUCCCAAAAUGGAGAUGGUUAUUUCUGAGUGAGUGGCAGAUGUGGACUAGUUGAACACUGUAAUUUAUCCUGGAAGGGUCUGACUGCAGCUUUCUGCCAUUGUGGGUGGCUGUAGAGUGGCUGCAGUGCUGCCUGGACAGCUGUACAGUCACAGGUGUGCCCAGGAGGAGCAGGAGGAGACCAAAGAGCUCUGAUGUGGCUGUGAAGAGAAGGGAUGGAAAUGGGGGAAUCCAGACUGUUCCAGAUGCCAGUUGAGAUUGCUGUCAUUCUCACUCAGAUUCUUGUAUUUAUGUCUGUAGCCUCUGAACAUGGAUUUGAGUCUGUUCCUAGGCCUGAGAUUUGGGGGAGGGAAGUGGGGGAAGCAGUGGAUUGAGAGAUGCUCUAAUAAAACUGGCUAGUUAAAUGUUGUCCUAA